AAAAGCGCCGAAAGUGAGACGGAACUGAGCCGAGACGAGUAGACGACCCAUCGAACACAGCUACUCAACGACCAACGUGUUCAUUGUGUUCACUUUUAUUUUUGUGCUUAUCAACGUUAUUUUCCAAUUUCUAGUUGACUCAUACUGAGUCAUCCAGUCCACAGCUUGCAUCAGCUCCAACGUACUAAAAGUUGUUCAUUUUGAUUCCUGUGUUUUACUGAUUAACAACGAUGUCGACUGGCAAAAAUAAUAAUUCUGAUGAGUUUGAUAAGACAGCUCAAAGUCUGUCUGCUACAAAUGGUUUUAAAUUUACAUCAGGUCUUUUUUCUGGUGAUUCAGCAAAUGAAAAAUCACGUUCUCAAUGUAUACCAAGUACGAAAGAAUUCAAUGAGAAUUUAUUUAAUAGAUCAAAUGAAUCGUUGGGUUUUAUUGAUCCAAAUAAGCCAACAACAAGUACAUUAUUUAGUCAACCAGCAUCGAGCACAUCUGGUGAAAAUAAUAAAACAUCACUGGGUAAUCCAACACCAACACCAAGUAUAACAGCUGGAUUUGGUUCAGGAACAGCACAAUCAUUUAGCGAAACAGCAACAAGUCAAACAUCAUUUGGUAGUAAUAAUUUACAACCAGCAAGUACACCUUCAUUUGGAUCGGAAAAAAAUGCAAAUGGAAGUGUAACACCAAUAAUGCAACCGGCUAGUUUUGGUUGCGGUGUAAGUUUUAACUCAUUUAAUUGGAAGGCACCAACAGAACAACAUCAACAACAACAACAACCAACGCAAUUUGGACCAAGAAAUAAUGAUAAUUCAAUUUCUAAGUUUUCGUAUAAUCCUUUAUCCAUUCCACAAACUAAAGCAGCUUUUGGAAUAACAUCUUUCAGUGAUUCAAACUUCAAAUGGACAAUUAAAAAUUUUGGAUACCGAACAGAAACUCAUGGUGAGUCAAUUAAAUCAUCAAUAUUUACAUCUGGACAAGGAAGUGAAUGCGAGCAUAAAUGGCGUUUUGAUAUUUAUCCAAAUGGAUAUUAUGAUAGUAGUAUGGAUUUUGUUGGCCUGAAAAUUAAUUUGCUGGAUGACAAACAUCCAGAUAACAUUCAAGUCACCAUAAAGAUUUCAAUUUUAAAUUCUUUUGAUUAUCCAGUCCAUACUGUUGGCGAAAACUCAAUGACAAAAACAAUUCCAGAAACAGGAAUUAUUUAUUGUCCUAAUUUUUUAAAUAAACGAGAAAUUACUAAUAAUUCUUCUUGUUUAUUGUCAAAUGACAACUUGAAAAUACUUUUUGAAAUUGGUACAAUGAUUGGAACUUCAACAAAAUUAAAGAAAAUAAGACAAGUAUAUUCACCAAAAGAUCAACUACGUGAUCAAAUAUUUGAAUAUUUUAAUUCUGAAAAAUUAAGUGAUGUUGUUAUUGAAGUUGAUGGAACAGAAAUUAAAGCCCACAAGUUAAUGUUAUCAACUCAAAGUCCAAUAUUUGCUGCAAUGUUUGAUGAAGAAAUCAAUAAUAAUCGUAUUAAAAUUGACGACAUGAAGCUUGAUGGUGCAAAACAAUUGCUGGAAUUUAUUUAUACAAAUAAAAAACCAACAAGAAUCAAUGAAUUUACAACUGAGCUGAUAAUUGCUGCACAAAAAUAUCAAAUUGCUGGAUUAAGAAUUAUGUGUGAAGAAAUUUUGUUUGAUUCAUUAUCAAUUGACAAUGCCAUAAAAACUUUGCUUCUUGCACGCAAGCAUGACAUCAACGGGUUGAAAGAUUUUGUUAUUAAGUUUAUCCAGACUAAUGGAAGCAUACUGAGAUCAAAUGAAUUUAAGGAUUUGGAAAAAGAACGUCCUGCUUUGGCUAUUGAAGUAUUUCGUGCAAUUGCCAUGGAAAAAACAGAUGAAUAA